AUGCUGGAAGCCCGUUUGUUUCAGGCACCCGACCAGCAUUAUGCAUGCAGCGCCGCACGUUUCGUUUCGUUUCGCUGUGUCUACGUUUACACCACACCCUUCGCAUGAAUGCAUGAAUUGCAAUGCCAUGCAACGCCACGCGGCCCCGGUCCAGGCUCCACAUCCACCACCACUUUUCUCUUUCUUCAGUCUGUCUGUUUUUGCACGGCGUUCUACCGGCUCGGGUUGGGAUGAUUGAACAUCUUUUCUUCUCUCAUGUUUUGCGCAGGCUCUUGCACGUUGCUGCACUGCCUCGCGUGGCGUUCCUCAGGCGUUCAACAUACUGGGUCCCUGUGGGGGCUACGAUACCCUUUCGUUUUCUUUCCUCAUCCGUUCGAGUCAUGUCUUGCUAUUUGCAAAAUUCGCUCUUGCUCUUUACACGAAAAUUGCUUUCCCGCAUAUUGCGCACACAGUACGGUUCCGUUCUGCAUGGACGCUGUCUUAAUGAAUCUGGUUAUGAUAUCCCUCGUCUAGUUGGUCCUAGUCUACACAUGGCCUCUAAUUCCGUUAGUAUACCUAGUGUUGUAGUAUGCCCCGUAGAAGGUGGCGAGAAUUUCAUCUAAUAUUUGCUUGAGAGUCGGGGCAAGUCGCCAUCUGCUGU